AUGGCAAUUCAAGGGGCCGAGCAGACCAUCCUUAGGGAUCCGGCGCUAUUCUACUGGAUUCUGUUUCCAAUUUCAAUUGUUAUGAUUUUGACCGGAAUCCUUCGCCACUAUGCCACCGUCCUGAUGAACUCACCCCCCAGAUCGGCGACCACUCUUGCCGAGUCUCGCGAGCGCCUUGCUCUCAUCCGCGCCGUGAACCUCCGCAACAAUGCCUGCUCCGUGCUCGACCGCGAGGCCUUCGAGAUGCGCAAGAACUACCUGGUGAACGGAUUCCGCAGCGGCGCGUUUUUGAAGGACCCCAACAACCGGGGGCAACCUCCCGCGAACCCUAUGACUGACCCUGCUGGAAUGGAAGCUAUGAUGGGCAUGCUCAAGGGAAAUAUGAUGAUGAUGAUUCCGCAAACAUUGAUCAUGAGUUGGAUCAACGCCUUCUUCUCUGGCUUUGUCAUUCUGAAAUUGCCCUUCCCCCUCACCAUCCGUUUCAAGUCGAUGCUGCAGUCUGGUGUCAUGACUCGUGACCUCGAUGUGCAAUGGGUCUCCAGUCUGUCGUGGUACUUCCUCAAUUUGAUGGGUCUGCAGUCUGUCUUUGGAUUCAUUCUCGGCAGUGAUAACGCUGCCAACCAAAUGGCCCAGCAGAUGGGUAUGGCCAACCCCGCCGCUAUGGUCAACCCGCUCCAGCCCGGCCAAGAUCCCGAUAAGAUGUUCCUGAGCGAAGCAGAGAACUUGGAAGUGAUGGAACAUUUCUGCAUUCUUGACGGAGUGGAGGAGAGAAUUCUGCAGAAUUUUGCUCCUGCCGGAAUCUAA